CGGCGUUCGGACCCCGGCGCCCGCCUCCGUCAACUUUCACGCUGCCUCGGCGGCCCGGCCCGGCACGACGCCAAUGGUGGAGGCCAUAGUGGAGUUUGACUACCAGGCCCAGCACGACGAUGAGCUGACGAUCAGCGUGGGUGAGAUCAUCACCAACAUCAGGAAGGAAGAUGGAGGCUGGUGGGAGGGACAGAUCAACGGCAGGAGAGGUUUGUUCCCUGACAACUUUGUAAGAGAAAUAAAGAAAGAGAUGAAGAAAGACCCUCUCUCCAGCAAAGCUCCAGAAAAGCCUCUGCACGAAGUGUCCAGUGGAAAUGCUUUGCUGUCUUCUGAAACAAUUCUACGAACAAAUAAGAGAGGUGAGCGACGGAGGCGCCGGUGCCAGGUAGCAUUCAGCUACCUGCCCCAGAAUGACGACGAGCUUGAGCUGAAAGUCGGUGACAUCAUAGAGGUGGUAGGGGAGGUGGAAGAAGGAUGGUGGGAAGGCGUUCUCAAUGGGAAGACCGGAAUGUUUCCUUCCAACUUCAUCAAGGAGCUGUCAGGGGAGUCCGAUGACCUUGGCGUGUCCCAGGACGAGCAGCUGUCCAAGUCAAGAAAGACUACCUUUGAAGGGACAAUUCUGUACCGAGCUGCACCGGCAAAGACGGAGGGCCACAGACGUUAUUACAGUUUAAGGGAAACCACCGGCUCCGAGAGUGAUGGGGGCGACUCCAGCAGUACCAAAUCCGAAGGCGCCAACGGGACGGUCGCCACUGCAGCCAUCCAGCCGAAGAAAGUCAAGGGCGUGGGCUUCGGAGACAUCUUCAAAGACAAGCCGAUAAAACUAAGACCAAGGUCAAUUGAAGUCGACAAUGACUUUCUGCCGGUGGAAAAGACUAUUGGGAAGAAGUUACCUCCGACGACAGCAACUCCAGACUCUUCCAAAGCUGAAAUGGACAGCCGGACAAAGACUAAGGAUUACUGCAAAGUAAUAUUUCCAUACGAGGCACAGAAUGACGAUGAAUUGACAAUCAAAGAAGGGGAUAUAGUCACUCUCAUCAAUAAGGACUGCAUCGACAUCGGCUGGUGGGAAGGAGAGCUCAACGGCAGGCGGGGCGUGUUCCCCGACAACUUCGUGAAGUUGCUGCCACCAGACUUCGAAAAGGAGGGGAAUAGACCCAAGAAGCCGCCUCCUCCAUCCGCUCCCGUCAUCAAGCAAGGGGCAGGUACCACUGAGAGAAAACAUGAAAUUAAAAAGAUACCUCCUGAAAGACCGGAAACACUUCCUAACAGAACAGAGGAAAAAGAAAGACCAGAGAGAGAGCCAAAGUUGGACUUACAGAAGCCUUCUGUUCCUGCCAUACCACCAAAAAAGCCACGGCCACCCAAGACCAAUUCUGUCAGCAGGCCGGGUGCACUGCCCCCAAGGAGGCCCGAACGACCAGUGGGUCCCCUGACCCACACCAGGGGUGACAGUCCCAAGAUUGACCUGGCGGGCAGUUCCAUACCUGGCAUCCUGGACAAGGAUCUCUCCGACCGCAACAAUGACAUCGACCUAGAAGGUUUUGACUCCGUGGUAUCUUCUACUGAGAAACUCAGCCACCCAACCACAAGCAGACCAAAGGCCACAGGGAGGCGGCCUCCGUCCCAGUCCCUCACAUCUUCUUCCCUUUCAAGUCCUGAUAUCUUUGACUCCCCAAGUCCUGAAGAAGAUAAAGAGGAACACGUUUCUCUUGCACACAGAGGAGUGGACGCAUCAAAGAAAACUUCAAAGACUGUUACCAUAUCCCAAGUGUCCGAAAACAAAGCAUCUCUGCCACCCAAGCCGGGGAUCAUGGCUGCAGGCAGCGGUGGGCCAGUCCCUCUGUCCUCAGUGGCACCAUCCCCCCUGUCAUCGUCUUUGGGAACAGCUGGACACAGAGCCAACUCCCCGUCUCUGUUCGGCCCGGAAGGAAAACCAAAGAUGGAACCGGCCGCCAGCAGCCAGGCAGCCGUGGAGGAGCUACGGACGCAGGUCCGCGAGCUGAGGGGCAUCAUCGAGGCCAUGAAGGACCAGCAGAAACGAGAGAUAAAGCAGUUACUGUUGGAGUUAGAUGAAGAGAAGAAAAUCCGGCUUCGGUUGCAGAUGGAAGUUAAUGACAUAAAGAAAGCUCUUCAAUCAAAAUGAAUACUUGAUCAAUGAAUUGUCGCAUAACUCAUCCUGAGUCCAAGACUCAAAUUUUCCGCCCCAGCCAAAAUAACCUUGUGCCAAAAGAUUAAAGGUUUGCCUCAACAUGUCCCUGUUUGAAAGAUUAGCACAAAAGUCUUGAUAGCACAACACAAAUUCCAUCCAAGAGGAGACUCUUCCCCAAGGUCUAGUCCUGGGUCUGGCACUGGUUGUGACUUAAACAGAGAAAAUUGUGCUAAAGGCUUUUCUACCAUGAAAUCUCACGCGAAAUGAAACUCAGGCAGUUUAGUCCAUAGUGGUACUAUUUUGAUGAUAUUUUCCAUUAAAAAUGUAAUUUCAGAUUAUUCGUUUACAAGCUUUAUAAUUUUAUGGUUUUUUUAAUCGUGUUUUGUCACAGAUGCCCCAGUGUUUGUAUCUCACACCGUCGGGAGCCAGUGCCCUGUUCUUUUGCUUUAGGGGGAAAGCUGCCUGGCCUUGUGCCCCCCCACCAAGAUCCUGUUAUGUAUGCAACCGAGUCCAGCCCUCCCUCCCCUGCCAGCCAACCCCACCGCCCUAAGAUAAAUUUUAGCUCAUAUAUGAUGGUAUAUUUACAAACAGAGAAAGAGAAAACCUGGUAUUUGCAAUGACCUGUGCCUUCUUUUUACCACCCUCUUGAUUGGAACUUUUGUGAUGCAGCUACCAUGAUUCAGAACAACAAGAAAACCACAUUUUUUUUUUAGCCACUUAUCCAAGCCCACUAGAGGCCACUGUCUUCAAAGCUUCUCCUGCCUAGCCAGAGGUACUAAAGAGGAGACAGCUGUGAAGCUGAGCGUGCUCUGUGGUACCAGCUGCGACUUUUAAGUUCUCCUGGUUUUAGGUUGUUCGUGGAACUAGAAAAAUGUCACCCCUGCUUGAUUUCCAUCAGCCAAGUUAAACCCCUGCUUACUGUCCUUUGCACCUUUUGCGUGAACAGAAUAUGCAUUAUUGAAGCAAAAAUAAAUAAAAGUAA